AUGAUCGUUCCGGGUAACCUAUCCAUUCGUGUGGUCGAUGAAGAAUGGGAACCGCGGCCCUGUCGGAAAUGCGCUGACAGGAAAGCGAUACUGGAGAGCAACGAAACCUGGAGAAGGCAGUGCGGAUGCAUCAGGACCAGCGAUAAGCUGAGAAAGAUCAUCGAAUGCUUCCCCGCGCCGCCGCCUCCGUCGCCUGCUAACGAAAUCCGAAAUCCGGAUCCUUCCACGAAAUCCGUGGCAGAGUUGCAUAAUGCAGCGACAUGCAUUUCCGCCUUCUGCACCGUUCACCAAUCCACAUUUUCGGGUAAUGAAGAAGAGUGCAAGAGCGACGACCCUAUCGCGCCUUUGACCCAGACCAUUGAAAAAGAAACGGAACCACUUAACAGGCGAUCCUGGACGGUUGUCUCGGAACUGGUACAGCUUUUGCAGCUCUCUGUGACGGCGACAGCACUUGCUCUCUACUACCUCAUCUACUGCUACAUGCAGCUGGUGUACUAUACGCUACGCAGCGCGUUGUAUUUCCACAAUGCCGACGGACCGAUGAAGGUAACAAUUGGCGUGGUGACCCUGACGUCGCUCAUCGUCGGCUUCAACCUGCUGCUAAGGAUGGAGCGGCUCAUCUUCAUCUUCCAU